UCACCUCCGUGAUGUGACGCAUACGGAAAUGGUGGUUUCACUGUGCGCAGGCGCCUUAUGGGAGACGGUUGCUGGGGUGAGCCGCCUGAGGAAGCGGCAGCGGCGGAGGCGAGGGUGAGGAGGGGCUGAGGCUGCUUCUCGCAGGUGCCCGGCCCACCGCAUCACUCACCGACCCGGCGGCCGAGGCUGGGAAGGAGAGGAGAGGCGGGGCGGGGCAGGGCUGAGACAGAGGACGGCCCGCUGGGAAUGUGUAAGCUGAAACGGAAGCAAAGAGGGAGAGAAGCCGGGAAGCGAGUGCUCGGUCUGAUGCCACUUCAAAGAAAGAACCCCAACCCCACAGGCUGAACUUCAAGAAGAACCUUUCUACCCAUCUUAAAUAUGGCUGGUGGAAUCACAGAAACUGGAGAGCUUUAUUCUCCCUAUGUUGGACUGGUGUACAUGUUCAACCUGAUUGUGGGAACUGGCGCCCUCACUAUGCCCAAGGCUUUUGCUACUGCUGGUUGGCUUGUCAGCCUAGUUCUUCUCCUGUUCCUAGGCUUCAUGAGCUACAUGACCACAACCUUUGUAAUGGAAGCCAUGGCAGCAGCCAAUGCUCAGCUCCGUUGGAAGAGGAUCGAAAGCCAUAAGGAGGAAGAUGAUGAUGACUCUUCUACAGCUUCUGAUAGUGAUGACAUCCAGGAAAAUUACAAUCAGUCAGAGAAACAGCCCAUCUUGUCUGUGCAGAGACACGGAUCUUCUAACAUUUUUGAAAUCGCUGAUCGUGUGGAGAUGGGACAAAUGGCCUCUAUGUUCUUCAACAAAGUGGGAGUCAACCUGUUUUAUUUUUGUAUCAUUAUCUACCUUUACGGGGACCUAGCUAUCUAUGCUGCAGCUGUGCCCUUAUCGCUUAUGCAGGUGACCUGCAGUGCCACUGGCAAUCAUUCCUGCGAUGUGGAAGCCAGCACCAAGUACAACGACACAGAUAUGUGUUGGGGCCCCAUCAGACGAAUUGAUGCCUACCGCAUCUACCUGGCUGUGUUCACACUACUUCUUGGACCUUUCACCUUUUUUGAUGUUCAGAAGACCAAGUACCUCCAGAUCUUGACAUCUCUGAUGAGAUGGAUUGCCUUUGCUAUCAUGAUUAUCCUGGCAUUGAUCCGUAUUGGGAAUGGGCAAGGAGAAGGGCAUCCGCCCAUAGCAGACUUCUCUGGGAUCCGAAACCUAUUUGGGGUGUGCGUCUACUCUUUCAUGUGCCAGCAUUCGCUGCCGUCCCUCAUCACGCCCAUCUCCUCCAAGAAGUACAUCACCCAGCUAGUGCUGCUGGACUACGUGCUGAUCCUGGCCUUCUACAGCCUCCUCUCCUUCACCGCCAUCUUCUGCUUCCACAGUGACAGCCUCAUGGACAUGUACACCCUCAACUUCACUGGCUGUGACAUAGUGCGCCUGGCUGUGAUCCGCUUCUUCCUGGGCCUCUUCCCUGUCUUCACCAUUAGCACUAAUUUCCCCAUCAUUGCUGUGACUCUGCGCAACAACUGGAAGACACUCUUCCACCGGGAGGGAGAGAUGUACCCAUGGGUGGUGGACCGGGUUGUGUUCCCUGUCAUCACUCUGGUACCUCCCAUCCUUGUGGCCUUCUGUACCCAUGACCUGGAGUCCCUAGUGGGGAUCACAGGAGCCUAUGCCGGCAAUGGAAUCCAGUAUGUCAUCCCUGCCUUCCUGGUGUACUACAGCCGGAAAGACACAAAGCUUGUUUUUGGCUCUGGUACUGUCAACAAGCACAAAUCCCCUUUCCGAAGUACCUUCUGGGUGGGCUUUGUACUUGUCUGGGCUUUCUCCUGCUUCCUUUUUGUCACAGCCAACAUAAUCCUCAGUGAGACAAAGCUUUAACUGUGGGAACAUUUCCCAACACCUGGGUCCUUUCUGCAGGAUUGCAGGCUUUCCUCUGCCCUCCACCUUCAUGCCCACUAUCCUUCCACCACAGGGCAGACACUGGCAUUGCUGGUAAUCAAGUCUGGUGGCUGUUAUGAGGCCCUCUGGCUCUCUCCACUCCUAAGACCCCACCAGAGAUGGACUGCUGAUCCCCUGCAUGGUCCCCUGGGUGGAAUUUAGAAGCAGUGCUGGCACUGUGACAUCUUAUUUAUACUGGACCCAAUGGGUGCCCCCUAUCUCUCUCUCUCUCUUUCACACACACACACACACACACACACACACACACACACACACACACACACACACACAUACACAUAUACACCCCGGCUGUGGGAUGACCUAGGUCAACACUCAACCCUAAUCCCUCCUACCUGCUUCUCCCCUCCCCUCACCCAGAUCAUGUCUUGCUUCCUGAGCUGCUAAGAAACCAGUCUAGUGAAAGCACAUGGCAGUUUUGCCUUAGCACAAUGGGAAGCAAGCAGGGCCCGGAGCCACAAGGACACAGGAGGGUCCCUGCUGUAGGGGCUGAGGAAAGACUAGACCACUCAAAUUCUGGCCUAGUUCUAGAGUGAGCUCCAGGGCUCCUGCCCUGACUGGGGCCUUAGUAUUCCCUGGGAGGGAAAAGAAAAGGGCCCUCUCAUCUUUUCCACAUCCCACAGGACUUAAAUCCUCUCAAGUCCUCAUGGUUAAUGAGAAAGAGCAAGAAAGAAAAGGAGAUCCCUGAAUCUUUAGCUUGGAGGCGUGCUGGGGAAGAAGAUACUGUGCCCCCUGCAGGCCCAGGUGGCAAGCCCAUGCCAUGGCCUCCAGCGUGUCUCUCUGAAGCAAAUCAAGCAUAGCAUGAGGAUGGGCAGUACGUUGGGACCACCUGAAGGACAAUCAUCUCAGACACACUUGGUGCCUUUGGCCACCUUUGGGGUGACCCUCGACGUGUCUGGAAGCUGAAAUCUCAGCUCCCAGGAAGACAGAAGUGGUCCUGUGAGGGGCCGAGAUUGAGUAGAUGCACAACAGAGAGGAGCGAGAGGCAGGCGAGCAGCCAGUGGCCAGCCACCUGGCACAUCCUUUAUCAUCUUGCUGACACUGGAAGACACUAUACCUGGGGUAAUGGGAGGGAGCCACACGCACCCUCUAGCUCCCACUUCCCUGUCCCAUAGAUACAGGAAUUCUAUGUCAUGCAUCAUCCCUUGGCUGGAGGCCGAGCUCUUCUGAAACGAGGCCUAACCCGAUCCAUGAUUGCCACUCUUUCCUCCUCUCCACUCGCUAUGUUCACACCUGCUGCUGCCCUGUCACUUUCAUAUAGACUAUAAUGAACUUUGUGUCAAACGUGCCUUUUCCAGCAUCAGGGCCUGGGUCCUUCCUGCUGAGAUCCAGUAGGACCCAGAUUAUUCUCAGACUAUCCCAUGUACUCUGUACCCCCAUGGGCUGGGGUCAAGAGCAGUCAAAUGUAGAAAAUGUUCUGUUGGGAGGGAGGAGGCUUCUCUAAGGUUGGUCCUGAUCCCCUCCCUGCAACACACCUAAUUUCAGUGCCUUUCUCAGCACCUUUUAUUUCUCCUCACCUGCAUCCCACACAUUUCCCUGUGAGGAAAAAUUCCGGUCCUUAAGGGUAGAGCUGAUUUAAAGAAGACUUCUGCCAGAGGAUGGGCAGGGGAGGGGGGCGGGGAAUAGGGUGAAGAAAGGAGAGCUGCCUUAAGCAUGCAGCCUGGGUCGUCGGAAGCAGACACACCCCUGCUGCCUGAGUCCAGUGGGGGUGCUUUCGAGAAAUAGAUUGUCUUAAUUGGACAUUAUCUUCUUCUAAUCCAUCACGUUGUGUUUUGUCUCACAGCUUAUCACUACGUGUAAUUAUUUUCCAGCCAAAUGAAAAAUAAAUGCCCCUUCCCUGUCUGCCUGUAUGAUGACUUCCUGCACUGUCUCUGGCUGCCACUUGAGAAUGGGGUGGGGCAAGGAGGGAUCUGUGACAAAAAUAAUGAGGCAUUGGCACAUCCUACUGUCUGGGCGGUCCCUAGAUAUCCCUAGCCGUUUGCUAAAAACUCAAUUAAAACAUCUGUACUUGCCCUUUUCCAAUUACAUUUCCUCACAAAGGACAAAGAAAAUUAAGCUAUCUCACUGUUUCGGGCUCCAAAGUUGGCAAAUUGUGUAACACUGUGAG